CCCACCCGUUCUCUCUUCGCAUUGUUCCGGAACUUUCGAAAUCUCUAAGUUGAGAGUACUAUAUUAUUAUCUUUAUCUUAUUUUAAUCAAUUUAAUAUCGUCACUAACUUUCUCACUCUUCUUAUUUAAGCCACCUCGCAUCGCUUACGUGGAGAUUACCUUCCCUCCUUUCCUUCUUCUCUACCCAACUGCCAUCAACGAACUUAAACCGGCCAGCCGCACAAGACCCAUUCUCCUCUAGAUUUUUAUCAAACCAACCCAAGUCAUUGAUCCAAGAUUGUUGUUUUUUUUUUCUUAAUUUUCGAUUUGGGUUUCCAGAACUCGAUGAAUCCGUUUCAGCUCCAAGAAGGUGAUCCACCACCAAAACCAGUCGAAGGGUUGCACGAAGUCGGUCCACCACCGUUUCUAAUCAAGACAUUCGAGAUUGUGGAGGAUCCAAACACAGACCACAUCGUAUCUUGGAACAGAGGAGGCACUAGUUUUGUCGUUUGGGAUUUGCAUUCUUUCUCAACGUUUCUUCUCCCUCGACACUUCAAACACAGCAAUUUCUCGAGUUUCAUCAGACAACUCAACACUUAUGGUUUCAGAAAGAUAGAAUCGGAUAGAUGGGAAUUUGCGAACGAUGGGUUCUUGUUAGGACAGAGACAGUUACUGAAGAGCAUCAAGAGACGAGCUUCCUUCGGUUCUUCUCCAUCGACCAAUGAUCCUUGCACUGAGCUUCGUAGGGAGAAGCAGUUGUUAAUGAUGGAGCUGGUGUGUCUGAGACAGCAGCAACAAACCACAAGGAGCUACAUCAAAGCCAUGGAACAGAGGAUCGAAGGAGCAGAGAGGAAACAGAGACAGAUGAUGUCUUUCUUGGCUAGAGCUAUGCGGAGCCCUUCGUUUCUGCAUCAGCUGCUGAAUAAGAGAGAUAUGAGACUUAAGGAGCUUGAGGAUGAGACGGCAGAGAGGGAAAGAGGUUCUUCGAUGUCGGAACUUGAAGCUCUUGCUUUGGAGAUGCAAGGCUAUGGGAAACAGAGGAAUGUGAAGGAAGAAGAAGAUAUGGUGGUCGAGAGAGAAUUGGAUGAUGGUUUCUGGGAAGAGUUGCUUAGUAAUGAGAGUUUGGCUUCUACUUCUAGCUAGUAGAUGGAUCCUUUUGGUUUUUAGUUGUACUCUGAAGCUUUUAUUUUCAUUUCUUGCAAACGCCCUUUUUCCUUUGUAUCUUUGUUUGUUUCCAGGCAUCUCUUGUCAGUUUUAAAUUAGUAAUAGUGUAAACUACAGAACAUUAUAAUUCUUUCCUGUAUGUACAUAGAUAUAUGCGUAUAUGAAAUAUAUUUUCUCAUUAGUGCCGGCCCUUUGGGCUUUGAAAAUUGUCUUCAGGGGAUAUGAUUCUACCUUCUUUGUACCAGCAAGAACCAAGAAUUCUAGAUGGUGGAAAGACUCAUAGACAAAGAAGAAAACUCCUUUGGCGAUGAUUGUCAGCUGUUUGCUGCUCGUCUAGGGAAGCAAGACAAUGGACUGGGUCAGGGUCCUCGGUUCAUCCCUUCGUGUGUCAAUGACUGGUUUUGUUUCACAAGAUUAAUAAUUCACAUUUCCAUGCUCUGCUCUAAAGUUUCUCCCACGGCAGCUUAUUUUUGUUCCAUGCAAUAUGAAAACUUUAGACAUCUAUCUACUUGUGACUCUUGCCUCUUCAUUAAAAUUGAUCUCUAACAUGGAGAACCCCUUGCCCUCGGCUUAGCCGAUCAAGUAUCUAAAGUACAUAUUCUCCGACAGAUAUCUAAAAUAUAUACAAAUAGUAAAAAAUAAAUGUCUAAAAUAUCUAUACAAUAAUUAAAACACCAAAAUAUUUAAAAUAUCUAUUAAUUAUUUGUUCAAAUAUUCGAACAAACCAAUUUAUAUGUUCAUAUAUUUUAGCAUACAUUAUUUAAAUUUAUAUGUUAUAUCAUUUUAUUUUUAGAUUUUAAAAAUCUAGAGUAUUUAUGAACAUUAAAAUUUUAGAAACAAUUUCAACGGGUUAUUCGUAUCCGAACCGAACCCGAAAAGAUCCGAACUAAACCCGAACCAGAAUCUUUAAUUUCAAAAACUUGAAAUUUGAAUGGAUCCGAACCGAGCCCGAAUGGUACCCAAAUCGCCCACCUUGGCUCUUGCCAUUUAUUUGCAUGGUAUUAUGAAAAAAAAUCAACUGUUUGUAAUUUCUCUUUUAAGUAGAUUCAUAUAAAAUCAAAUGUCAUUGCAUAUGAGCUAGCCAAGCAGGGUAGAUGUAAUUCACAAAAUAUGUAAUCAAAUGGACCAUGUUAUACUUAACUAUCAAUGAAAGCUGUCGACGACAAAAGAAAGGCUAAUUAACUCAAAACAAUUCAUUGAUAUGGGACCGACACUUUUAUUAUAUGUUGGGAAAAUAAUUUAACAUACGAUUUGAUCUGUGUUUUAAGUUUAACAUACUGAAUAGUAGUUAAUAAGUGCUUAAACAAACCCACUUUUUAUCAUCUGAAGCUUUAUUAGAAAUUGCAAACUCAAAA